AUGGCGCUCAACGCCGGCGAUGACAAGCUCAUCUUCGAAUCGUCCGAAUCGGUUGCUGUCGCUCCGACUUUCGAAGCGCUCAACCUGAGGGAGGACCUCCUUCGCGGUAUCUACGCGUACAACUUUGAAAAGCCCUCGGCUAUCCAGCAGCGUGCCAUCGUUCCCAUCCUUCGUGGCCGCGAUGUUAUUGCGCAGGCUCAGUCGGGUACCGGUAAGACGGCCACGUUUGCCAUUUCGGCCCUCCAGUCGCUCGACAUGAACGUCCGCGAGACCCAGGCUCUUAUUCUUUCGCCUACACGCGAGUUGGCUGUCCAGAUUCAGACCGUCGUUCUCGCUCUUGGCGACUACAUGAACGUCUCGUGUCACGCGUGUAUUGGUGGCACCUCGGUCGGGGAGGACAUUCGCAAGCUUGAGGCUGGCCAGCAGGUUGUCAGCGGUACCCCCGGUCGUGUCUUUGACAUGAUCCGCCGCCGCAACCUCCACACCAAGGACAUCAAGAUGCUCAUUCUCGACGAGUCUGACGAGCUCCUGAACAAGGGCUUCAAGGACCAGAUUUACGACAUUUACCGUUACCUUCCUCCCGCGACUCAGGUCGUCAUUGUUUCGGCCACUCUCCCCCACGACGUGCUUGAGAUGACCACCAAGUUCAUGACCGACCCCAUUCGCAUCCUUGUCAAGCGUGACGAGCUUACCCUUGAGGGCAUCAAGCAGUUCUUCGUCGCCGUCGAGAAGGAGGACUGGAAGUUUGACACCCUGUGUGACCUCUACGACACCCUUACUAUCACACAGGCGGUCAUCUUCUGCAACACCCGUCGCAAGGUCGACUGGCUUACCGAGAAGAUGCGCGAGGCCAACUUCACCGUCAGCAGCAUGCACGGCGAGAUGGUGCAGAAGGAGCGUGACGCGAUCAUGUCCGAGUUCCGCUCGGGACAGAGCCGUGUCCUCAUCACCACCGACGUCUGGGCGCGCGGUAUCGAUGUCCAGCAGGUGUCCCUCGUCAUCAACUACGACCUGCCCUCGUCCCGUGAAAACUACCUGCACCGUAUCGGUCGCUCUGGCCGCUUCGGAAGGAAGGGUGUGGCUAUCAACUUUGUUACGACCGAGGACGUCCGUAUCCUCAGGGAUUUGGAGCAGUACUUCUCGACUCAAAUCGACGAGAUGCCGAUGAACGUCGACAUUUCCUAA